AUGAUCAUUCUUUCUCUUCAGGCUCUCAGGUAAUGACCAAACACCAGGUUUUAUAUUAAGCUCUUGCCUGAUGCCUCACACUGAUAUUUCUGCAUGUAGGGGAACAUACAGUGAUAUCCCUGUCUCUCUGUCUGUCACAGGUCUGUUGCAGUCAUGUUGGUUUUUAGUUUUGUGGCUCUGCUGCUGGUUUCCUCGUCCUGGGCUGAGGUACAAAAUGAAUUCAAGAAUCGUCUCAUCUCUCUUUGACAUUGAGCCUGCAGAAAACUGAAUUUAUGAUGAUUUCAUAUGAUACAAUGCUUUCAGGAAAUAUUCAGAUGUUUUACCCAGACAGCAGGAAAUGAGGUUGAAUAGACACCAAAAAACAUAAAGAUGACAAGAUGUGACUUCUUCUAGGUUAAACUUAUGUUUUGAAAUAUGUAGACAAGAAAAAAAAAACAAGUUGUGUGCUAGUUAGGACUACAAAAAGAAAUGAAAAAUAUGUAUUUCUAUUUUUGGGGGAUCCACAGAAAAAAAAACAAAAACACUUUUUUGUUUGAUGAAUGUACCAAAAACUUUUCAUGAAUAAUUGAAUUGUUUAAUCCUCCAGAUGAAAAUUUCAGUGAAGUUGGAGUCCUCAGUCCUCCUCACGGGCAGAGCUGGUUUGUUUUCUGUGUUUUGGGUUAAUUUUUAUUGUAUUUUAUUCUUUCUUUUUCAUGUCACUAUGGACGAGCACAGGACGGUAAGAAAGACAGUUUGUUACCUCUUUAUUUGUUGAGAAAGAAAAUUACUCUCUGUAUUCUCUAAAGAAUAAACUGCUGACACAUAUUUGCUGACUGACUGUCUAGCAAUCAUCACUUCUAGCACUUUACAUUGCUAUAUAAACCUCCCACCACAUAUUCAUGUACAAUGUGUGCUGUGCAGAUGUGGCUACCUUGGAGGAGGACACUUCCAAGGAGCUUUCUGUCGGUGAACUUCUGGAGAGAGCCAACAGAGACCGCAGUGAGUGAAGAUCUCCAAACCUCAGCACUUGUUUUUGUCCACAAACCUAAUCCAAAUCCUUAUGUCAGGAUCCACCCUGACCUACCAAACCUCAGCAGCCAAGCCUCUAUUCAUUUUAUUCAUUUAUUUAUUUCAUCUGAUUUAACCAGGAAAGCUUAAAAUGCCAACAAAAUUACAGACAUCCAAACACAUGAUGAUUACAAACACGUCAACAUUUCCAUUAUCAUGCAGCAGGGGUCGUCAUUCAGCCUGAUGCACCGUCAUUUUAUGCUGUCAAUCUGCUUUUAUAAAUAAACUCAAUAAGGGUAUACCUGAGUCUAUGUGUAGACAGAGAAGGCCAGUCAACUUCAGCAUACAGAGAUGAUUUAGAGACUUUAGAUUAGGGAUGAACCUCAGAGCUCCAUGGUGAAGACAGGAUGCAUGUAGAUAUAAUAAACCAUAACUGUAAUCAAUACUUAUGAAUCUCACUUUGAAGGAUUUACACCGAUAACAAACAUAAAACUGGAUUGUGACUGUUGAAUAUUUUAGACUCUGUUUCCACCUGUGCUGGUUUUUCAGACCCUGGUCCUGAUGAGCCCACUCUGAUUGGAGGUGACAUCGCUAUCAAGUCUGAUGCUGAUAGAAACGCUGACCCUUGCACCUCCAGAGGCUGCCUGUGGCAGAAGUGGUCCGAUGGGAAGGUCUACAUCCCCUACUACAUCGCCAACCACUACUGUAAGCAUUCCCUUACGUCAUUUAUAUGAAAAACUUCCAGUUUUGUCUUUAGUCAGAGCACUGAGUAAACAUAUUUGCAAGGGUGAUUCUUGGAAGCAGCAGUGGCUUUUCUUACCCCAGGGACCAGGGUCCAAAUAAGACUUCAAUUAACCAGCAGGAGCACUCAGGAAAUGUAAUAUAACAGCGAGCUGAGUAUUUUAUACAGGAGAGAGUGUAAAGGAUCAAAUAUGAAAAGGUUUCAACGUCUAAUUUAAGGUUGUUUCCGUGAAGUUGGACAGUGAUGUAGCCGUGAAAUGUUUUUAUUCUUCAAUUGAUCCAGCACUGCUCUGGUUUCAGGUGAGCAAUCAUACCUUCAGGGCAGGGUGUCAGGGUUCAUUUACAGCACAUAUCUAAGGUGGGGUUACAGAGCUGUCAGAAACAAUGACAUCCUCACUCUGCUGUUUUAUUUAUACAGCCUCCAGGGAGAGGUCCAUCAUCACUCGUGGUCUGGAUUCUUUCGCUUCUAUGUCCUGCAUCCGCUUCAGACCCUACCAGAAUGGUGAUCAUGAGUGGCUGAGCAUCGAGUCCAGGGAUGGGUAAGGAUCUGAAUGUGGGUUCACAGCUCAGAGGAAGACUUUGAGCAGCAUGUGUCCAAGACUCUUCUGUCAUUACUCUAACAAUAAGCACUAUUUACCAACUCUGUGAUACCAUCAGAUAUUUAUGAGACCACUGUCGUCAAACCUUUAUGUCCUGUUUCCUAUUCAUAUAGAAAAAAAAACGAAAGUAUUUAUCAGAUCAGCUUCUGGGGGUUUCUUAAAUCAUCAAUUUUACCAAAAGGGAAAGGAAAGAUAGACAGCCACUCUGAGACACCAGAGAGAGGAGAAAAACAGAGGCUUCAUGAUGCCAAUAUGCUUUUCACAUAAAAGAGAUCAGCUGCUAAUUUCCGCUGAUCCUUUGCUUAUAAUUAUUCUACUGUCCUGUUGUCUCUCACAAAGACAGCAAAUAUAACAGUUUCAUCAUAUCUGUCUGUCAUUUAAGUCUCGAAUUUCUCACCUAGAUAUCACUAAACUGAUCUUUGUUUUGUGUGAAUAGAUGCUACUCUUACGUGGGCCGUCAGGGUGGAGGUCAGACAGUGUCUCUGAGCCGUCAGGGCUGUCUGUACCACAGCACUGUCCAGCAUGAGCUGCUUCACGCCCUCGGUUUCAACCACGAGCAAACGCGCUCUGACAGGGACAACUACAUCAGAGUGUACUGGGAAAACAUCAUCGAUGGUACGGCACUUUCACUAAUUUAUACUAUCACUGUUUUGAUUUGUUGAUGAUGCUCAGUCACUGCAGAGCCGAGCUGCAGCUGUCAGCCCUUCAUUAACAGUAUCAAAAUCAAAUCUGAGGAGACAGGAUUGGUUUACAAUACCAAGCUUUCUUUUAUCAAGAUUUCUCUGCAGCCUUCAUGCACAUGAUUUUGAACCUGUAUUAAUAUCCUCAUACUAUAACUUACUGUGCAUUUUCCUGAACUCUCAGGCAUGGCCUACAACUUCGACAAGAUCAACACUCUGAACCAGGGAACUCCUUAUGACUACAACUCUGUCAUGCAGUAUGAGAAGUAUGAACGAUUUUCUCUGUUUAACUUUUUUUUUUUUUCGAUUGAAUAUUUUGUCUUUGAACUGUGAGUAAAUUACAGAAGCGUAUUGCAUUCACUUACAACAAAAAAAGGUGUUUUUUUUGUUGUUUUUUUGUUCUUUGCCGUUUUUUUCUCACUUAAUUUUUUUCUUCUCUGUUUUUCUGACUAUUUUUUUUCCUUCUGUUUUUUUUUUGGUACUGAUAUUUUUUUACCCUCUUUCUGUUUUUCUGACAAUAAUAUUUUUUUUCAUAACAUUUUUUUCUCUCUGUUUUUCGGACUAUUUUUUUUCCUGACUAAACAAGAUGCUUUAAAAUCCUGCGAGAAUCUCAUACAAUCAGAUAACAUUAAUCACUGUGGCUGCUCCAAAUCAGCAGAUUCUCCAGCUCCUAGAUAACUUUGACUAUGGGGUCAAUGAGAGUAAAGGAUGUUAUUAGUUAAACAUAGGGUAUGCAAAUCCUGAGGUGCCUGUGCAAAGUAGAGAAACUUAUGAUGAUUCCAUCUAUCUGACUUAAAGAAAGGAGUAUCUUCCAGUGUCUCAAACCAAAAAGAAAGUAAAACUUGACUAAACUAAACAAGUGGGCCAUGUUUGCUUCCAAUAAAUCAAGCAGAGGGGGAUGAAAGUGUCUCUUUUUAAAUGAUCAUGAUCCCAGAGAAUAGGAAAAACAAUUACUCUAAAAAACAAAACAAAACAACAGUCUGAAAAACAGAAAAAAAUAGUCCGAAAACAGAAAAAAAAAUUACUCUAAAAACAGAAAAUAUUUAGUCUGAAAACCAAAAAAAAAUUACUGUGAAAACCAGCUUUUUCUUUUUUUGGUGAAUGCAAUACACUUCCGUAGUAUUUGUAUGAUUACUAUCACAGAGGACUAAUGUGUGGCCUACAGAAGAAAGUUGUCACCUCUAGUUAAUGAGACCAAAACUUAUCUUUGCAUCAUCUGUGGCUCUGCAGGUACGCCUUCUCCAAGAACAACCGCCCCACUAUGCUGCCCAUUCCCAACAGUAAUGUGUCCUUUGGUCAGGCCACCCAGAUGAGCAGGAAUGACAUUGACAGGCUGAACAGGCUGUACAAGUGCUGUAAGUACUGUAUGCUGAGAUGA